AUGAAAGGGAUCAUUGAAAAUAAACAGGAUAAAAAGAAAACACUUAUAUAUAACUUUUCAAACCAGAAACCAGACAAUAUCGGUCGACAAAGAAGGGCUGACGUUAUAAAAGACAAACCAGGUCCAGUGCCCAGGGCUAGAAAUACUUGUGAACCUAUUGAUGCAUUUCACAUGUUUUUUACCAAAGAAAUGUUUGAACUAAUACUAGAAAAUACUAACAGAAAAAUUAAUAACUUACGUGCAUCGCUUUCGGAAGAAAAAUUGCAGUCGUUUAUGAAAAUCACGAUAAUCGACGAGAUUCAAGCUUUUGUCGGAUUGAUGUUGUAUAGGGGACUUUUCAGCCUCAAUAAUUUCUCACUCCUAAAGCUCUUUUCGGAUAAAUAUGGACCACCAAUAUUUGCUGCAACCAUGUCACGUAACCGAUUCUUUUUUCUUUUACGGUGUUUUUGUUUUGAUGACGAAUCUACACGUGCGGAACGCUGGAAACAAGAUCGCUUUGCGGCUGCACGAGAACUUUUUGAAAUGUUCAACGAGCAAUGCAUGACAUCUAUGAAGGCAACAGACUUUUUGUCCUUGGAUGAAACUCUGUAUCCUAUGCGAAGCCAGGUCGCCUUUAAACAGUACAAUCCAAAUAAACCUGCAAAGUACGGGCUACUUUUCAAGUCGUUGAAUUCUGCUCGCUACCCGUAUACAUAUGUAACUACACCAUAUGCAGGCAAACCACAAGCUGCAGAUGGUGAAUUUUACCGUCCAGGUACAGAAAAUUUUAACCACGUAUCUGAUCAAUCGACUUGA